CCAUGGCUUUAGCCACAGGCAGGACGCUCGUGGCACUAUUUCUUACGCUUUGUGGGCCAGGAUGCAGCUGGGCAGCAGAGAAACCCCCACGACCACAAAAUGUGAAACCAACAUCUGUGGAGAAGGGCCUUAGAGAAAGCUGGGAGCCGUCUAUCCAUCUGGAUGGAAGACCUGUGGACCGCUUCAUGAUCAGCUCCAGUAAACCCACAAGAUCCCAUCGAUUCACUAAAGCGAGCAAGGACAGUCGUGCUCCUAUGUUGGAGGAUGUAGACCCUGAAUGGGUUAACCUGGAUGGCUUUGCUGUGUUGGGCGGUGCACCUGUCAGCAAUUUAUCAGCAGCAGGUCCAGUAAGAUCUUCACAAACAGUGGUGCCCCGAAAUCACUCCUCCGUAAAACGGGCAACCAGGAUGGACAGGAAGGCUCAGCUGUCAGGUGUGCCUAAUGUGAGAACACACAGGAGGGCACCUCAGUCUUCCUCUGGUCCCAGGCAGCCCGAGAGAGUUUUGGCAGGAGUUCCUCUGCUGGAAAGGAGACGCCAACACUACGCCAAGCCUCAGUCUGAUCAGAGAAACCGACUCGCACGCAAACUAACGUCUGAGUCCGUUCAUGUGGUGUCACUGCAGGCACAGAAGGCCCAGGGUCAGAGCAAACCUGCCAACAGAGCAGUCACAACCAAAACAACCACACCAGCUCCACCUGAACAUGAGGCCCAGGACAUCAGUGUCAGGGUCAUGUCUCCUAAAUCAGUUCUCAUUUCGUGGGUUGACCCUGCUGUCGAGAUGGAGAAAGUUGCCCCCGGGGCAUCCAGAUCAUACACAGUUAGGUACAGGGAGAAGGGUGAGUCAGCACGCUGGGAGUACAAGGAGAGCACGCAAAGGAGAAUUUUGAUAGACACCCUGUCUGCUGACAGCAUGUAUGAGUUCUCUGUCAGAAUCUCUCAGGAAGAAAAUCACAGCAAGUGGAGCGACUCCGUCUUUCAGAGGACUCCAGAGUCAGCACCAUCUGGGCCACCUGAGAACUUUGAGGUCAAGCCAUUAAGAGGAAAAGGGACUGCUGUUGUAGCAACAUGGGAUCCGCCUGAAGAGCCCAAUGGGAGGAUAAAAGAGUACAUCUUGACUUAUGUCCCUGCCAUGAAGCCUUUUGAAACAAAAAGCGUGAAGUACCAUGGAAGCACCACGACAGCCACCAUAGAUGACCUCACACCUGGAGACCGUUAUAUUUUCACCAUUAAGGCCACAAAUAGGAAGGGACAAGGACCACAGAGCAAGACCUUCAGUGUCGCCAUGCCAGGAACAGGCAGCAGUGCUGCCUCAGCAUUUUCAAAAAGCAAGGACAGCCGCAGGACUGGCCACACGCCUUCCAAGCAAGAUACCGACCAUGAUGACAUCCAGUCAACAGAAGUGCCAGAAAUACCAACCAUACAAAAGCAGACACUCCCUGCUGCACCUGUCAACAGGCGUUUUCGUCCACUUUCCCAGACACGUUCCUAUCACAGCAUCUUCUCUUCCGUCAGGGGGUCAAUCAGGAGAGCAGGAAACAGAGGCUCUAACAGAAGAAGGGCUAAGAAUGAUGAGGAAGAGGAAGAGGAAGAGGAAAACAAAGUACCCACAACACCACCUCCAGUAGAAGAGACUACAACAAUGGAAUUUGUACCAGAGCCUAAAGACACUGAUAAUGAUGUUUCCCCUGAAACUGAGGAUGAAGAUGAAUAUGAUGAAGAGCCUCUGACUACUAAAACCCCCUCCCUCAAAGUUUUAACACCUUCUCCAACUAAACCUGCAUUUAAUCGACUUAAUCCACCAAGAAGAAGGCCAUUUAAGAUUAGGGUCCAUCAAAAAGCAGGAUCCAAGGAUGCAUCCACUGGUUCAUCUUCAUCCUCAUCUUCUGCAUCAUCUUCUUCUUCUUCUUCUUCUGCUUCAUCAUCAUCAUCAUCAUCCUCUUCUGCUUCAUCAUCUUCUUCUUCUAAUUCCCCCACCUCCACUUCUUCUUCUACCUCUUUGGAUUCCUCCUCAUCUUCCUCAUCAUCCCCUUCUACGACCUCACUGUCCUCUCCCUCACUUAGUCAAGAAUCUGCAGCAAGCAGAAAGGACUAUAUAGCUCUCACAUAUCCAGAGUCGAAAAACACCUUUGAAAAGUCCAGCAUAACACAUGCAAAACCCUCCACAUCACUUGCAAAAGUGAACAGUUCACAGCAUACACACGUUACACCUGUAGGUAGAGGUUCCACUUCAGCAGGACGUGCCAGUGGCACUGGUUUUGGUUCUAGAUAUGGUUUAGGCCGAAGAUACCCUGGGAGCUUGUUAAGAGGGAAUUCUACCCGAAUGUUGAAUGGUUACAAACCUGCUGUCAUCUCACAGUCGAGUUCUCCAAGAAGAACUCAGAGUCAAGUAACUUCAAGCAUACAUAGUUCAGCAACAUCACAAGCCACUUUACCGGAAAACACUCAAAACCACGAAAAGUCAAGCACUCUCAAUCCAUCAACAUCAAUGUCAAAAUCAGGAGGGACUUCCAAUGGUGAAGAUGUCUUGGAGUCCUUUAAUUCUGACAAGUCACGUUCUACUUUAGAAUCUAGGUCUCAUGGCUCGACAUCUUUGCAAGUGACAAAUCCAUCCACUUCACAAAGAAAUGCGAACCACCCUUCCACUGCAAAUACAUCAGGAUUAUCUCAAAGAACUUCACAAAGAGGAUCUCACAACUCUGCAAGAUCACAUGACACACACAACUCACAGAGUUCUCACACAUCAUCUGAGCGAGACACAUCAAAUGUGGAAGGAAAUGAUGACACUAACUACAAAAACACAGAAAGAGAAUUGACUAAAGUUGAGGACUCUGCUUUAACUACUAGAACACAACCGACAGAGAAGCCAAUGAAGAAGGACACGGAAAAAGAUGAAGGAACUAAAGAAAAACCCCCAGUUUCUGCAGGUACCAGAGUCAGGCCUUCAUUUGCUGAAAGAUACCCUUGGCUAGCUAGUCGUUACCCAGGCAAAGUCAUUUCAAGUGCAAGGAUAACAUCUCCAAGACAGGAUAGUAGAGUUCCUUUGACCAGGAUGUCAUCUUCUGUUGGGGCUGGCAGACCAGUUUUGAGGGGGACAACUACCAGGGUCUCAGGGGCUACAGGUGCUGCUGGAGUGCCCUCAGUACAGGAAACCAGUGAAAAUCCAAGUACUUCUUCUACUCGUGACUCACUAAAGAAUGGUUUUGGAGCCAGUUCGGUUAAGCCGUCACUGAUCAAUCAAAAUGUAGGCUCUGGUGACACUAGAAACCCAGCUACCUCAUCUUCAUCAUCUUCCUCUUCACCAUCCAUCUCUUCAAGUCCUGAUCAUCAUCACUCCUUAAGUGGGCACAGAGACUCCAGUGAGCCAAGCCAUAGAGAACUUACAAAUGACAAACAUAGCAAUGAGGAUUAUUUCAGUGAGAAGAACGGGGAAAAUGAUAAAGUUGCAGAUCCUAUAGAAGCUCAAGAAAAGCCAGCAGAGCCUGACAAAAAUGCAGAAGACAAUGCAAGUGUGGAUACAGGAGAAAGUUCAUCCAGGACCAGACCUGGCACUUCCUCUGGAGUCCCUCUAACUAAUCGUCGACUUGGUGUAGGGGUGAAUGGAAGGGUACGCUCUCCUCUCUUACCAAACAGGCAGUUUGGUGGGUCUAGGCUUCCCCUAAGAGUACAACCACCACAAAACUCUAGACUGGGCUCUUCAACAUCUGACUCUACCUCAUCAUCAUCUGAUUCAGCUUCUUCCUCAAAUUUACCCCAACCAGUACUGACCUCAGAGAGUGACAUUAGCAGUGGCACUACGGUGACAAGGACAGGGGGAUUGGUUGGAGGCAACUCCCACUCUACAUUAGCCUCAUCAUCCUCAUCUUCAUCUCGAGAUAGCUUUAGGAACAACGGGAGUAGGCCUCGCUAUUCCAUCAGAGGGAAACAAAAUAAUGGCAGAGGAAUCAAACCUAGCAAUGGAAAUGGUAAAAAUGGACGACCCAAUCUGACAGCAACAGAUGAUAAAGAGUCCUCUUCCUCUCACGGAGCCAGCAAGGCCACUGGUCAAAGGUUUAUCACUGGACCAGAUGGAACAAAAUGGGUGGUAGAUUUGGAGCAGGGGAUACUUAUGAAUGGGGAUGGAAGAGUUCUCCAGGACUCCCAGGGCAAACCCAAAAGAGUGGUCCUCGGAGAGGAUGGACGCACUAUUUUUGAUCACAUGGGUAGUCCUUUGGUAAGCCAGGACGGUAUUGCCCUGUUUGGCCAUGGGAGAGAUAGUCAACCUGUGAUCAAUCCAAAAGACAAGGUCCUCAUGGUUGGAGGGAAACGUGUACUUGGAUUGGAUCGGCCUCACCCCAGGACCUCCACCACCACCACCACCACCACUACUACUACCAUGGCUCCUACUACCACACCUGAACCCACCACCACUGACUGGACCACAGAGGAGUUUACCACUGGAUUUCCAUACCCAACCUGUCCACCUGGGACCUUUUCCAAAACAGAUGAAUAUGGUUAUCCCAUUCUGGACUCAGAAGGAAUCUUGGACUGCUAUCCAGAAGAGGACUCCUCAGGAAUGGAAAUGGACUUCAUGCUUACAAUGACCAGGGUGCCUGAUGCUUUAGUUCUUAAGAAAGAUGAGUUUGUUGUCCAGACCACCCCGCCACCAACCACCACCACCACUACUACCACCACCACCACAGAGAUCACGAUGCCAGAGGUGCACAUCAGACCCGUGAACAAAGGCCCUUCAAACGAGUUUGACCUGAGUGGGAAGAAGAGGUUCACAGCUCCAUACGUAAACUACAUCCAGAAGGACCUGGGAGCACCUUGCUCUUUAACAGAGGCUCUGGAGUACCUUCAGGUUGACGUCCUGGAAAACUUAAUGAAAAAUGACAGCCUGGCAGCCAAUCACAACCAGACUCCCAAAAACAAGCCUCAUAACUUCACUGUGGUCGCUAUGGAAGGCUGCCACUCCUUUAUCAUCCUGGACUGGGCCCGCCCUCUCAAGGAUGAUAUGGUGUCAGGCUACAUGGUCCAGAGUGCCUCAUACGAUGACAUCCUCAACAAUAGGUGGUCCUCUAAAGCUGCCACUGGGACACACCUGGCUGUGGAAAAUCUCAAGCCCAACUCUAGGUACUACUUCAGGGUGCAAGCGAAGAAUGUGUUUGGUGUGGGACCAUUCAGCGAAACGCUCUCCUAUGUUACUGAAUCAGAUGACCCUCUCCUCAUUGAAAGACCACCUGGAGGCGAGCCAAUCUGGAUUCCCUUUUCUUUCAAGUUCAACCCAGUCCACAGCAGCUGUAAGGGCAGCCAAUAUGUCAAGCGGACAUGGUACAGGAAGUUUGUGGGUGUGGUUCUGUGCAAUUCCCUAAGAUACAAGAUCUUCAUGGGAGACAGUCUAAGAGACCCAUUUUACAGUAUAGGAGAUACAUUUGGCCAGGGAGAGGACCACUGCCAGUUUGUGGACUCCUACAGGGAUGGAAGGACAGGCCCAGCCUACUUGUCAAGUAAUCUGCCCACAGUACAAGGAUACUAUCGUUCCUACAGACAAGAGCCAGUUACAUUUGGGGUUAUUGGCCGACGCACGCCCCAUCCAUUUGUGGGCUGGUAUGAAUGCGGGGUGCCCAUCCCUGGAAAAUGGUAACACAGUGAGAAGAAAAGACAUUGUUGGGCAACUGUUCUGCAUCCUGCUGCAGGCCUUCACCUUUUCCGGUCCUGCCCUAAAAAUGGACUUUUGCCUGCCACUACAAAAAGACACCACUUUGAAUUUGUUACAGCUUCACACAAAAGGAGAAUAUAGUACUUUUAAACAAUUCAGUGUAUAUCUUUACAAUGCACUUUUUAUAUAAAGCAGUCUGUAUAUGAGGGGAAAAAAGAAGCAUGUGUGCUCUUGCUUAGUUUAACUCUCAGAGUGCCCUAUUUCCAACCAUUCCAGUGACAGGUCCCCACCCAGUGUUAUUUAUUUGACCAGUAAUGCAGUGACAUUGGACCAAAGAAGAAGCUGCAAAGCAAACUGUAAGAAUGGGCACUCGAGGUGUGUAUAGGUCAUUUUUAAUCAUGACAUUUGUAUUUCAUAAUAUAAUAGCUUCUGACAGCUACUUUGUGUUUGUUUAUUGUGUUUAUAAACAAUCAUACUGUUUUUACAACUUUUGGUAUUCACCAGAAUCCAUUAAAAGUUACUGUGUAAGUUUUGUAUGUGUACGGACAAAGAAUAAAAGACCAAAUAUUUGCUCA